UUUCUACAGUUCAGUCAGAUUUCAGUCAGUUCUAAGACUUUUGACUCCUGCUUUGCGUGAUGGAGCCUUUCGGAUUCACAAGUAUUCUCCUGCUCGGUGGGACCUGCCUUCUUUUCAUGGCAAUCCGGAGAAAGACUGCUGAAAGGAGAAGGAUGCCUCCGGGCCCUUUCCCUCUGCCAUUGAUUGGGAACUUUCUGCAGCUGGAUACCAAGAAUUUCCCCAGAUCCUUGGAGAAGCUAAGUCAGAAAUAUGGACCGAUAUUCACUAUCUACUUGGGCUCUAAACCAGCUGUGGUGCUUUAUGGACAUGAUGUAGUGAUGGAAGCCUUGGUUGCACAAGGAGAUGACUUUAAUGACAGAGGAGCAUCUCCCCUCCUUAUGAAAACCAACACUGGAACAGGAAUUGGCCUCAGCAGUGGAGAAAUAUGGAAACAACUCCGUCCUUUUGGAGAGACCACCCUGGAUAUGUUGGGCAUGGGCCAGAGUAUUGAGAAGAAAAUCCAGGAAGAGGCUGGUUUCUUAGUGAACAGACUGAAAAGCACAAAUGGAAGGACAUUUGAUCCCACCGAUUUCCUCAGGCAGACAACCACCAACAUCCUGUGUUCAAUUGCCUUUGGGAACCGCUUUAAUUAUGAGGACAAGGAUUUCCUGAGAUUCCUUCACUUGUUGGAUGAAAAUGGCGAACUUCAAUCUACCACAAUGGCAAAGCUGUACAAUAUUUUUCCAACAAUCUUGGAUUAUCUUCCUGGAUCUCAUCAGAAGAUAUUUAAAAAUACAGAGGAGUUAAAACAAUUUAUAUCAAGGCAGGUGGAUAUGCACCAGGAGACUCUGCAGCCUAAGCAACCAAGAGAUUUUAUUGAUGCCUUUCUUAUCAAAAUGGAGCAGGAGAAACAGAACUGUCAUUCUGCCUUUGAUCUUCCCGGUUUGGUGAGGAGCACCUUAGACCUUUUCGUUGGAGGAUCACAAUCAACCAGCCUUACCCUAAAAUAUGGACUUCUGGUUCUAAUGAAGUAUCCAAAAGUACACGAGAAAAUUCUUCAAGAAAUUGAUUCUGUGAUUGGCCCAUCCCAAACACCCUGCAUGGCAGAUCUUGAUAAGAUGCCCUACACGGAUGCUGUAAUCCACGAAAUUCAUCGGUGCAUAGCUCUGGUGCCACUGAAUGUGCCACAUGCUGUGAACAAGGAUAUUUUCUUCAGGCAAUAUUUCAUUCCCAAGGGAACUACUGUAUUUCCGGCUGUGAAAUCCUCUUUGUAUGACAGUAGAGAAUUCCCUAACCCACAACAAUUUGAUGUUGGGCACUUCUUGGACAAGAAGGGAGCUCUGAGAAAGAGCGAAUUCUUCAUCCCUUUUUCCACAGGCAAGCGGGAAUGUCUAGGCAAGAAAUUGAUAGACAUCAUAAUAUUUGUCACCCUGACAACUAUUUUGCAGCAUUUUACUCUGAAGCCGUUGGGAGGUCCUGAUGACCUUGAUACCACACCAACAUCUGGAUUUCUGACAGUUGCCCCCAAAUCCUACCAGCUCAGUGUUGCCCCUCGUUAAACAGAAACACUCAACCAACCUCAUGGCUCCAAAUACUGCAACUGUUUUCACGCCAGAUCUUGAAGUUCCUGAUCCAGUACCUGACACAUAGUGCUUGAACGAAAAGUGAUUUCUUUGAAUUUUACUGUAUUUUUGUGGUUUUUAAUUGCCUUUUAAAAUGUAUGAUAUUCAAAAA